CAAUAAUCUCUCUUGCUUAAGCGAGCGGAGGGCUGCUCCCGCGUCUCCGUCAAAACCUAGAGCUUUGCAUGUGGUUUCGUCCGCCUCUGCUUUCACUUCGCAGCAAGCGAUAUCUCCUUUGCCACGUAAACUCAUUUUCAUUGUCAAGUUCCUUCACCUCCUGCUACAUGGCCGCUUCUUUACUUCCCUCGGCGUCGCCGGAACCUUAUGGCGAACCGGACGAACGCCUCUGCACCACGGACGGUGGCUUUUUAUCCCUCACCGAGCCAUCAUCGCCUCCGAUGGCCCCUGUUGUUCCGUUGCUUGAGGGUGAGCGGCGCUUGGAGCGCGCGUGGGAGCACUGGAGGCGGCUCGGUUCGCCAAGGUUGAUCGUCGCCCCCAUGGUGGAUAACUCCGAACUACCGUUCCGGAUGCUAUGCCGGAAAUAUGGCGCUGAAGCGGCCUAUACGCCGAUGCUGCACUCGCGCAUUUUUACCGAGAACGAGAAGUAUCGGAGGAUGGAGUUCACCACUUGCAAGGAAGAUCGCCCCUUAUUUGUCCAGUUCUGCGCAAAUGAUCCGGAUGUACUUUUGGAAGCUGCUAAAAAGGUGGAGCCCUAUUGCGACUAUGUUGAUAUAAACUUCGGGUGCCCUCAGAGAAUUGCUAGGCGAGGAAAUUAUGGAGCCUUUCUUAUGGAUAAUCUUCCGUUGAUAAAAUCACUUGUAGAAAAGCUUGCCAGCAAUCUCGUUGUUCCUGUUUCAUGUAAGGUUCGCAUUUUCCCGGACUUGAAAGACACGUUAGCAUACGCAAAAAUGUUGGAAGAGGCAGGUUGCGCUCUCCUGGCUGUCCACGGUCGCACCAGAGAUGAAAAAGAUGGGAAGAAAUUUCGUGCAGAUUGGGAUGCCAUCCAAGCAGUAAAGAAUGCCAUCAAGAUUCCAGUUCUGGCAAAUGGAAAUAUCCGCCACAUGGAUGAUGUUCAAGGCUGUUUGGCCCACACGGGCGUCGAUGGUGUGCUAUCAGCAGAGUCUCUUUUAGAGAACCCAGCACUUUUUAGCGGACUCAGGACAGCUGAAUGGAAAGAUAAGAGUGAUAAUGAAAACUUUGAAGAUGGUGGAUUAGACCAGAUAGAUCUUGUGGAAGAAUACUUGAAGCUUUGUGAACAGUAUCCCGUGCCUUGGAGAAUGGUUCGGUCUCAUGUGCACAAGAUGUUAGGGGACUGGUUUAGGAAACAACCACAUGUUAGACAGGAGCUUAAUUUACAGGCAAAGCUUACAUUUGAGUGGCUCUACCAGAUGCUAAAUAAGCUUAGGAAUCUUAAUGGUAGGAUUCCACUCUAUGCAAAGGCUAUAGAUGAUAAAAUGAGCUUAUGGAAUUUGUGAUUCUUGAUUUACGUAUAAUUUAUGGAAUUUGAUUUUUGUUAUAAUGAUGGGACUUGCUUGAGCUAUCGGUAUAUGCGAGCGCCAGAUGGUUCAAAUUGUUUGACUCAAACAACAAUAUAAAGUGCUGGUAUAUGUGAGCGUUGGAUCAUUCAAAUUGAUUGCGAGCCAAACGAACAAAUAGUGGAUGAUUAGAAGGAACUGAAAUGGUAUAAACUUGGUCAUUUUACAUCAACUUGUAGUUAUGGGAAUUCUUUCAGUGGCUCAACCAUGAAUUUGAAAAACAUGUAAUUGGGAGCUAUGGAAUUCUUCAGAUGUGCUUUUUUGACUUCUAUUGACAGUUUGUUUAUUUCAGUGAAUGAGCUAUAUCUUGACUUGUCAUUUAUUGAGAAACAUACAUUCCCAAUUUUUACUCUUUUAAUGGGUAAAUGGUAUCUGAAGAUACUGCAGA